AUGGUUCAGGCGUCAACUCGCUCCGUCACUAACUCUUCUGCGUCUGAGGCCACCGCCUCCGUCUCGCCGCCCCUUCCUCUCCUCGCCACCUCCGCGAGCGCGUUCAAAACGACCAAGUCUCCCCUGAAGCAACCUCCACGGCCGGCCGCUCUCAAACCUACCGCCCCUCUUCCUCCUUCUCUUCCUCCUGCACCUGCGUCCCCUGUGAAGCAAGGAACCAACGACACGGCUGCAAGCGGUGCAGGAUCAAAGGAUGGGGGCGAUGGGGAUGCUGGCAGUGCUGCUGGGGUUAGCGGCGGGGGAAAUGGCACUAGCGUGCCUAAUGUGACCAGCAGCCCGCCGAAACCGCUCAAGUCUCCGCCUAAGUCUUCCAAGAGUCCGCAUAAGCCGGCCAAGACGCCCAAGCCGCGGAAAUCCCCCAAGCAUCCCCCGACCUCCAAGUCCCCCAAGUCUCCCACCAAGCCUUCCGCCAGUACGCCAUCCCCGCCUGCUGUUGUCGCUGCCGCUCCGCCUGACCCCCCCAAAUCACCCACACCCUCCAGCCCACCUCCUUCCAAGCCUUCUCCUAACAUCAAACCGCCUAAGAGCCCUCCUCCCCCGACUAUUUCUCCACCAUCCCUCCCCCCGCCUAAGCCCCAGAAAUCUCCUCCUCCCCCAACCCUCUCACCAUCUCCACCCCUGAAUAAGACCCAAUCCCCUCCCAAAUCCUCACCCCCUCCCAAAUCCUCACCCCCUCCCAAAUCCUCUCCCCCUCCCAAAUCCCCGCCCCCUCCGAAAUCCUUGCCCCCUCCUAAAUCCUCACCUCCUCCCAAAUCCCCGCCCCCUCCCAAGUCUCCGCCCCCUCCCAAGUCUCCGCCCCCUCCCAAAUCCCCGCCCCCUUCCCCCACGCCUGCACCAUCUCCUCCUCCUAAACCAAUUAAGUCCCCCCCUCCUAUCAAACCCUCCCAACCUGGUAGCUCCCCUCCGCGCUCCCCUCCGCCCCCAUCCUCCAAGCCCAACCCCGGACAAAAACCCCCUCCUCCCCCGCCUAAGGGGGGGGGAGGGGUUGCGCCAGGGGGGGAUGGGGAGGAAGAGGCGGAUGGGGAAGGGGAAGGGGAAUGGUACGAGCUGCCUCCUAACGUGCCGUCGUCCAGUAAGCCAGUACCACCUGGCACGGGUGGCGUGUAUGACGUCAGGAGCUUUGGAGCCAAGGGGGACGGGAAGAGCAACGACGGGAAGGCACUAGAGGCAGCAUUCGCCGCUGCUUGUGCUGCCUCCAUCAACAGCAGCACGGCGACUGGAGCAGCAGGAGGAGGAGGAACAGGAGGGGAUACAGGCCAGGGUGUGCCAACAGUGCUGAUUCCGGGUAAAUACACCUUCCACAUCAUGGGUGUUUCCUUCCUUGGCCCCUGCGGGCCUGCAGGCGUGAACGUGCAGCUGGAUGGGAACAUCACCGUGCCUCAGAACCCCAAGGUCUACACCGUUCCCAAGAACGGCCCGUUCACGAUUCUCUACUUUAAGGGGAUCACAGGGCUGAAGGUGUAUGGGAGUGGCGUGGUGGACGGGCGAGGGCAGCUGUUUUGGGAGCAGAAGGGGAAGGGCGAUCGGCCCAUGCUGCUCUACUUCUUCCGGUGCAAUCAGACUAUUCUCAGUGGCAUCACGCUUAGGAACGCGGCGUUCUUCCACGUGCAAGUGUUCCGGUGUGCCAACAUGCGCAUAUUUGACUUCCGCACGGACUCACCAGCAGAGAGCAUCAACACGGACGGCAUCCACAUCUCCUCCUCCUUCAACAUCGACAUCCGACGGUGCACGCUCGCCGGGGGGGAUGACAACGUGUCCAUGUGGGACGGUGCUGUCGGCGUUACUAUAUCGAAUGUCACGUGCCUCACGGGCCAUGGCAUCUCCAUCGGAGCACUAGGGAGCGGCACCGUGUAUCCGGUGUCGUGCGUGUCGGACAUAUCAGUGAGGGACGUGCGAUUCAUCAACACCAAGAUAGGCCUGCGCAUCAAGACGUUCCAAGGAGGAUCCGGGAAGGCCACCAACAUCAUUUAUGACGGCAUCUCCAUGGAGAACGUGCGGUAUCCAAUCGUCCUAGAUCAGAAGAUGACACCAGCCGCCGUUAAUCCGCAUCGAAAAAACGACCACGUUUUUUCACAGGGAGACCGCGCUAAGAAGAGGCGGCUACCAAGCGGUCACGCGUACGAAGCAGUUCCGUUGGAUCCUGACGUCUUCGAGCACGACGGCGAGAUCAUGUACGAAUCGGACGGCAAGAAGCGAAAGAUUUCCGCGGCGAACGGCGGAAAACGAGAGGAGUCUGACGUUUCUAAGAUGGACGGCGACUUCACGGGUCCCAACGAAAUCGGUCGGAAGCGCAAGGCUUUGACAGAAAUCAUACACCGUGAAGAUCCAGGGGGCGUUUCAGAAGCCGUUCGUGGGGUUCUUUCUAGGAGCGAGAGGAGAUCUCUUAGGCGGGAGAUUAGAACGGAUUUGAAUACGGUGCUGGCUCUAGGUCGGAGAGUAGACGCUCGCGAGAUUAGAUUGAUGCAGGAGCCGCAGGUUAUUCUUAGUGACUCGCUUGGGGACCGGAGGGUUCGCAGAUCGGAAAACGGCGGAGCCACGGAGCUGUCGUCCGCAGGGCAACCGCUUGAUGGGGGCUUGGGGGAAACAGCACAGAGCGGAGGCCCGUUGACGGUGGGAGUGGCGCAGCAACUCCACCAGCACCACCGAAGGAGAGGGGCUGCUGGCGGGGAGAGAACACCAGGCGGGAAGGAGAAGCGGACUCCGAAGGCGAAUACAACGUACAUACACCCCGACUUCCUGUCCGCGGCUGAUAAGCUCCCGCCGCCGGAGAAGGGGAAGUCGAAGUCGUCUAGUCAGAAGAAGGGCGGGGGAAAAGGGGUAGAGCAGAAAGAUCCGCGUAGGCAGAAGGUCGAGUCCGCACGGGCGAGGCGCAUGGCGGAUGCGUUCCGCAUGUGCGGUGCGCUGCUUAAGCGAGUUAUGUCGCACAGGUUCUCGUGGGUUUUCAAUGUUCCUGUAGACGCGGAGAAGCUCAAGUUGCACGAUUACCACACGGUUAUCAAGAAUCCUAUGGAUCUGGGCACUAUCAACACGAGAUUGAAGGCGUCGGGUUACCAGCAUCCCGACGAGCUCCACAACGACGUGCUGCUCGUUUGGUCCAACGCCAUGACUUACAACGGGGAAGGCAAUGACGUGUAUCACAUGGCUGCGGAGCUGAAAAACAUGUUCGAGCAAGGGUACCAAAAGGUUCAGCAGAAGCUGGACGAGGAUGCGGUGAAGAGGCGACAGGAGGACGAGUUGCUGGCAGCGGGAGGGGGUCUACCAGAUCCCAGGGACAAGUCGGAAGUGCUAGAGUUGGAGAAGAGGUUACAGAAGUUAGAGUCGCAGCUUGUGGCGAGUACUAAGGCGCAGCAGCAGCAAGGGAAAGCCAAGGCGGGUCAGGCUAAGCCGCGAGCGGCUGAUACGAAGAAGAGGGACAUGACGUUUGCAGAGAAGCAGAAGCUGAGUGUUAACCUGGGGAAGCUUCCUCCGGAAAAGCUAGACAGGAUCGUGCAGAUCAUAUCAGAGCGCAAUCCUGAUUUGAGUCAGAACGCGGAUGAGAUCGAGCUUGACAUUGACUCGCUGGACAGUGAGACACUGUGGGAGCUGGAGAGAUACGUGGCCAACUGCAUGAAGAGCAAGAGCAAGCGGAAGAAACUCCCUCUUUACGAUACUGUGCAACCCAAGGGCGUGGAUGCGUUCCCAGCAAGCUCAGCGGGAGACCUUAAAGAAGGCGAAGACAGCAUUGACAUUGGGGACGAAGGGCCUUUGCCUGCACAGCCAGCAGGCCCCUCCAAGCCGGAACCAUCAAGGGUGUCAGCAGGGAAUGGAGCACAAGGGGGGGUUGCUGCCUCUGACUCUUCGGGCUCAUCAGGCUCCAGUGAUGACAGCUCCUCAAGUGAAAGCGACUCUGGGAGUGAUUCUUCGAGCAGUGAUUCAGACGAGAUCCAGUCAAGAGAUGCUGGCUCAGAGGCUUCCCCUGACAAGGUUGGUGGAGCAUCUCGCUUAACUGGUAGCUCUUCCCUGUUCUUGCUGGCUUUAUUAACACGCGGCAGUGCCGCCUUGACAAGCGUUAGAUGGAUGUUUCACAAUUCACAACACAAAAGGAGGGUCGCCAGUGUGACUGGUCCAAACAGUGGUACAUAG